AUGCUAAGCAUUUGUGUGCCUGUGAUUGCUGACCACUUCGAGAGCGUUGUGUCCUUGCUGCCGAGUCGGUAUUCCUUGUCAGAACUGGAAAUUCUGGCCACCGUGAUAAGAGAUGGUCGACUGAUUGGUGUGCCUGUAUGCUGCAAGUUGCGAGCGACAGUAAUGUGGCUUGGAAGUGGAAGCACAGCGACGGAGGACGAGGAGGAGGAAGACGAA